AUGAGGUUCUCCAAUGAGGUUGUCACGCUUCUCCUCGGCCUCGUGGUCACAGUCAGCACUGCAUGGGACAACCCUCUAGUUUCCCUCGACUACGGAUCCUUCAAGGGUCAAUAUGACAGUACCUACAACCUCUCCUAUUUUCGCAAAAUCCCAUUUGCUGCACCACCAACAGGGGAGAACCGCUUUCGACUUCGACAUGUGCCCCCAGCGGACGGUCAACGGCAUCUCUACCUGGGACUAUUCUCACGGCCAUGGGAUCUAGCCAAGGAUAUUAGCAGACCAGUGCUGGUCGUAUUUUACGGCGGUGCUUUCAUUCAAGGCAGCGCGGCAUUCACCAUGCCGCCAUCCUCAUUCCCGAUCCUCAAUGUCAGCAAUAUUAACGACUACAUCGUUAUCUACUCCAACUAUCGCGUCAAUGCCUUCGGGUUUCUACCCGGCAAGGCAAUCAAAGACUCGUCGACCUCAGAUCUAAACCCGGGGCUAUUAGACCAGCAAUAUGUCUUGAAAUGGGUCCGGAGGCACAUCAGCCAUUUCGGCGGCAACCCUCACAACGUGACAAUAUGGGGCCAGUCAGCCGGUGCCGGCUCGGUAGUGGUGCAAGUCCUCGCAAACGGCCGCCAUGGCCAACCGAAACUAUUCUCCAAAGCCCUUGCCAGCUCGCCGUUCUGGCCGAAGACCUAUAAAUACAAUGCACCCGAGGCAGAAGCAAUCUACACCCAGCUGGCGAAUCUAACAGGCUGUGCCAGCUACAACCACGCUGAUGAGACACUCGCCUGUCUCAAAUCUGUUGACAUCCAGAAAAUCCGUGACGCAAGCCUGAUCAUCGGAGCGAGCAACACUUGGACAACGAGUUCUUACACCUGGGCGCCUGUUAUAGACGGGACCUUCCUCGUCGAGACACUCACAGAAACUGUGAGCAUGGGCUCCCUGAACACAGAGUUUGUCUGGGGAAUCUACAACAGCCACGAGGGUGAGAACUUCGUUCCCCCGGGUCUUGACAGCGCCGUUUUAUUAAAUGGGUUUAAUUCCUCUGUCAGCAGCUUUCACCGGUGGAUUUCCGGUUUCGUGCCUGGGUUGUCGGCCAAGCAGAUUGAUGAGGUGAAAUCUAUAUACUAUCCCGCUGAAGGGAGUACCGAGACGAUUGACAGUUAUAAUAAUACUUAUAUUCGGGCUGGCUUGGUUUAUCGGGACGUUGUGCUUGCUUGUCCAGCUUAUUGGAUUGCGUCGGCUGCGACGGAGAAAGGGUAUCUUGGGGAAUAUACGAUUUCCCCAGCAACCCACGGGAGUGAUACUAUUUAUUGGAACAAAAUCAACACUGUUCAAGAGACUAACCCUGUCGUUUAUGAAGGCUACGCGGGGGCUUUCGCGAGUUUUUUCCAGACGGGAGACCCGAAUGCACACAAGGUGACGAACGCUUCGCAGCCAGGUGUGCCAGAACUACAUACGGACGAGGAAUUCGUCGUUGUGGAUGAUGGGCUUGAGAACGUGAAGCUGAUCCAGUUGAAGAAGAGAUGUGACUUCUGGCGAAGGGUGGCGCGGGAAAUACCCAUGUGA